AUGGCUGCGGAGCACGUGGCGGGGAACAUGGACAAGGCGGUGUCGUCAUUCAUCAGGUCCUUCGAGGAGAACUACACAAAGUUUGAGGCCGCGAUCCGCAAGCGCGUGGACUGGUCCGGCCGCAAGAAGAGCGAGCAGCCCACGCUCGGCAGGGCCAAGGGCGGCGGCGGCGCCGUCGGCGCGGUCGGCGCGGCGGUGGAGGAGUGGGGCGGGCGGCAGCUGGGGCCGCGGCUGGGGCCGGCGCUGGCGGCGAGCUCGGACGACGACAGCGAGAUGAGCCUGUGA